AUGUGCGAAACAAAAUUAAAGUUACAAGUAGUUUUAAUAGUUUUAUGUGUAGCGUUAAAAGGGCUUCAGGCUGUUGAUGAUUCACUAUUAUUCACGGUGACGCGAGCACCUCGGUACUUCGGCAUCCUUCAGGAUCACAGAGGGCAGCCUUUGUCCGUGGAAGUAUCAGAAGAAUAUAUGGACCAAGACUACAUCGCCACUAAUAGGAAGCGGCACAAAAUCGAUUGGAACAAGAAUCCUUUGGACAUGGACGAUUUCGAUGAUGAUGACACCGAGGAGGUAUUCGAUGAUAAAGACAAAGAUGUUAAAGUGCCCAACAAAUAUAACUUACAAGCCGGUCCCGUAUAACUUGUGUGUACUUGAAGUGAUAGA